AUGGACGAACAGAAGUUCUUGGAGCAGCUCUCCAUCAUCCUCGAUCCAAAGAAAGGCAAUGUCAAGGCUGCCACGAGUGUACUCCAGAACGAAUAUUACAAACAGCCACAGUCCCUUCUCGCUCUAAUUCACCUCGCCAUCUCACACGAAAGCGCAGACCUCAAACAACUGGCUGCUACUCAGGCCAGGCCAUUGGUCUCGAAACACUGGACCAAGAUCCCCAACAAUCAGCGCCAACAAGCCCGAACCCAACUCUUUCAGGCAACUCUUGCUGAGCCUUCCUCUCUCGUCCGGCAUUCAUCUUCGCGCCUGAUAAGUACAAUUGCAAAAAUUGAUCUCGACGAUGGUGAAUGGCCCGAACUGCCUGGCCUGUUGCAACAAGCUGCCACCAGCUCAAAAGCCGCCGAGCGCGCGGUUGGUGUGUAUGUGCUGUAUAGCAUACUAGAAACUAUGGGAGAUGGCUUCAGUUCCAAAUUCAAAGAGUUAUUUACACUGUUCAGCAAUACAAUCAAAGACCCGGAGAGCCUGGAAGUCAGAGUCAACACCCUGCUGGCCAUUUCCAAGAUGGCACUGGUUAUCGAUGCUGAAGAAGACCAAGCCUCGAUCAAGGCAUUUCAAAACAUCUUUCCUUCCAUGGUUGCUGUCCUGAAAGACACAAUCGACUCGGGCAAGGAAGACCAGAUUAUGCUCGCCUUUGAGGUCUUCAACACCCUCCUGACUGCCGAGUACCAGCUCAUGUCGAAGCAUUUCCAGGAUCUAGUCGUCUUUAUGAACGAGAUUGCAACCAAUACAGGGAUGGCCGAUGACACGAGGACUCAAGCCAUCAGCUUUUUGAUGCAGUGUGUCAUCUAUAGACGCCUGCGAGUCCAAGGGGCCAAGAUGGGGGAGCCACUGACGAAGAGCAUGUUGCAAAUUGUCACCGAGAUUGACGAUGCUUCUGCUGACGACGACGAGAUUACGCCUGCUCGCUCGGCUCUAGGUCUGAUAGACACCAUGGCUCAAAGCCUCCCUGCCAACCAAGUCGUCGUCCCAUUGCUGAAUGCGCUCCCCGAGUAUUCCAAAAGCUCCAAUCCAAAACAACGCCAAGCCGGGAUCCUGGCUCUAGGUAUGGCAGUCGAAGGAGCUCCAGAUUUCCUCAGCACGCAACUGCCUUCGGUGUUGCCAAUCCUCUUUACACUGCUGGAAGACUCGGAGGUUAUCGUCAGACAAGCCGCUCUGCAGACAACGGCUAGGCUAGCUGACGACAUGCCGGAAGAUAUCAGCAAGGCGCAUGAGAAAUUGAUGCCGCUCCUCGUCAAGAACCUGACAGCAGCAAUGGGUGCUUACAAGGGUGAGGAGGAAGGACCUACUGUCGACAUCAUGAAGUCUGCAACAAGUGCCAUCGACGCAGUUGUGGACGGCAUGGAUGCCGAAGAUGCUGUUCCAUACCUGGAUAAGUUGGCUCCACUGCUUCAGCGGCUCUUUAAGCACCCGGAUUUCAAGAUCAAGGCAUUGGCAGCGGGCGCUUUGGGCUCGUUGGCCUCAACGGUCGAGGCACCUUUCUUGCCCUACCUUCGUGAUUCUAUGAAUGCUAUGCAAGAGUAUAUUACAAAGAAGGAAAGUGAAGAGGAACUUGAUCUGCGUGCUAGUUGCACUGAUGCCAUGGGUGAGAUGGCCGUUGCCGUUGGUCCAGCCGAGUUCAAGGACUACGUACGGCCGCUCAUGGAGACCAGCGAAGAGGCCUUACGUCUUGAGCACUCGAGACUCAAGGAGAGCACCUACAUUCUAUGGGGUUCUCUCGCCAAGGUCUACGAGACCGACUUCGCGCCUUUCCUGGAUGGAGUAGUACAGGGUCUUUUCGACUGCAUUGACCAAGAAGAAGCCGAUCUGGAAGUUGAGCUUGGCGACAGUGCAAGGGACUUGCUCGGCAAGGAGGUGACGAUUGCCGGAAAAAAGGUCAAGGUUGCCGCGGCGGAUGAUGACGAAGAAGAAGAUGGGGACAUCGAGGACAUCGAGAUCGAUGGAGACGACGACAGCGAUUGGGGUGAUCUGGCAACUGUCACUCCUAUAGCUCUGGAGAAAGAAAUCGCCAUUGAGGUUAUUGGUGACGUUGUCUCCAACACCAAGACGGCGUACCUGCCGUUCUUUGAGAAGACGAUUGAAAAGCUCCUGCCUCUAGUGGAACAUAACUAUGAGAACGUGCGCAAGGCCACCAUCAGCACUUUGCAUCGCGCGUAUGCCGCUCUUUACGAUAUCUCGGAAGAAUCGGGCGAGCUCCCGAAAUGGAAGCCUGGCCUGCCACUGCAGGUUGAACCGACGCCGGUACUGAAGAAGUUUGGCGAGGUCUUGAUGAAUGCGACAUUGAACGUCUGGCCCGAGGAAGAGGACACUGCUACCGUCACGGAAAUCUCGAGAGCUCUCUCCGAGAACCUCAAGAUGACGGGCCCAUCUCUCCUCAGCUACCCUGACGUCCUUACCAAGAUCGUCCAGACAGUGACUGAUCUGAUCACGAAGAAACAUGCUUGCCAGAUCGAUAUGGCAGAAGAGGCCCUGGAUGAUGAUGACCUGGAAUCCACAGAGUUGGAAUGGCUUGUCGUAGACAGUGCCAUGGACGUUAUCUCGGGACUUGCAGCUGCACUAGGCCCAAGCUUCGGGGAGCUGUGGAAGAUCUUCGAGAAACAAGUCCUGCGAUAUGCAAGCGGUGGAGAAGCCCUGGGCCGGGCGUCUGCAUGUGGGGUCCUCGCUGAGAUUAUCACGGGCAUGGAAGGUGCCGUCACGCCAUUUACCUCGCAGAUGCUGAACGUUCUCCUCAAACGGCUCGGGGACGAAGAUCCUCAAACGAAGUCCAACGCUGCCUACGCAGUGGGCCGCCUGGUCGAGAAAUCCGAAGACGACGGCAACAUUGUCAAAGCAUACCCUCAAAUUCUCUCGAAACUCGAAGGGAUCUUGCACAUCACCGAGGGCCGGUGCCAGGACAACGCAGCGGGAUGCGUCUCUAGGCUGAUUCUGAAGCACAAGGACAAAGUGCCCAUUCAGCAGGUCCUGCCGGCACUUGUUGACAGCGGUAUCCUGCCUUUGAAGGAGGAUUACCAGGAAAACGAGCCGGUCUGGACAAUGAUUGUCCGACUCUACCGCGACCAGGACCCGACGAUUCAGCAACUGACGCCAAAGCUGGCACCGAUGAUGAUGAGUGUGCUGGGGGAGCCCGAGGAGCAGUUGUCGGAUGAAGUGAGAGAGCAAGUCCAGGCACUGGUGGAGCAUUUGAAGAGCAUGCAUUAG